AUGCACGUGCGCACCACGCGUGCGCGCUCAGCGCGUGAAGCGACGGGUGUGCAAGUUCUGUGCGCGCAGAGCGGAGGAGCCAUGCGCAAGCGGAGACGGGGCAGCAGCCACGGCGAGCUGUUGUGUCUGCCCGCAGACAUUGGCCCGGAGGCAGGAGCAGGGGCAGGAAUGGUGGCAAGGACACAAGGGUCUAUGGCAGGGAGAGAGGGUGGCAUGGCAGGUGGGGAGGUUGUCGGGGCAGGUGGGGAGGUUGUCGGGGCAGGUGGGGAGGUUGUCGGGGCAGGUGGGGAGGUUGUCGGGGCAGGUGGGGAGGUUGUCGGAGCAGGUGGGGAGGUUGUCGGGGCAGGUGGGGAGGUUGUCGGGGCAGGUGGGGAGGUUGUCGGGGCAGGUGGGGAGGUUGUCGGGGCAGGUGGGGAGGUUGUCGGGGCAGGUGGGGAGGUUGUCGGGGCAGGUGGGGAGGUUGUCGGGGCAGGUGGGGAGGUUGUCGGGGCAGGUGGGGAGGUUGUCGGGGCAGAGCUCCCAAGCCACCACAUGAAGCCGCGCAACGGGCCGCUGAUACCCCUGUCGCAGCCGGGACAGCCAGGGCAGCGCAUGAGAGACCGCGAGGUGGACUGCCAGUACCGCACGGAAGGGCAGGGACAGGACCUGCACCGCUGUGCCAUGGGGUAUGCGGGGUGGGCGAACGUGACAGGUGGGAAGGGCAAGGUGGUUUACUGGGUGUCUUCCUCCAUGGAUCACCCCACGCGCCCCUUGCCUGGGUCGCUGCGCUGGGCGCUGUUCAAACAUAGAGGAGGAGCCAUCAUUCGGUUUUCCCGCAGCAUGGUGGUGAAUCUGACUGAACGGCUGUUCGUGCGCUCUGAUACGACUAUUGAUGGGCGGGGGGCGACGGUGAAGAUUAAUGGUCCCAUGGCGGUGUAUGGGGCGACGAAUGUGAUUAUACACAACCUGGCGAUAGGGAACGCCAAGGGGAAUACGGAUGCGCUGCAUAUACGGAAAAGCUCGCGCGUGUGGGUGGACCACUGUAGAGUGACCAAUGCGUAUCGCGGCACGAUUGAUGUUGUGAAGGGGUCGACAAACGUGACUAUAUCGAACUGCUUCAUCCGCAACUUUGGCUUCACCAUGCUGCUGGGCGCAGCAGACGCAGACACCAUUGACAAGCAGAUGAGAGUAACAGUCUACCGCAACUGGUUCUUCGGGUCAGGCCAGAGGCAGCCGCACGGGCGCUGGGGCCAGAUACACGUGGCCAACAACCUCUACACCAACUGGACCUACUACUGCCUCGGAGGCCGCGUGCAUGCCAACAUCCGGUCAGACAGAAACAUUUUUGUCGCGGGCAAAGGGCGCAAGGAGGUGACGCCGUGGUUUGGGCCGCAGAGCCCGUCGGUUCCUGGGUUUGACAACACGCCCACCAUCCGUUCGUUCAACGACUCGUUGCGCAACGGUGCCACCUUCCAUGUCUUCCCAGGAACCCCGCCCAAGCCGACCUUUGUGCCACCGUACAAGCUGCCCUUGCACUCGGCAGAUGACAUUCUGGGGGCGUUUGUGGCAAGGAAUGCCGGGCCUCGUGUGGGCACCGCGCCUCUCCUGCCCUGCACCGCCAACACCUGCUGGAGCUGCUGCUGA